AUGAGGGGCUCACACUGGUUGCACAGCACGAUCAAGCAAGAAGCUGGGUUGUUUCCCUUCUGCAGAACUGCCCCCCACUGCCUCCGGUGUCUGUCGGCCAGAAGCAGCCAGAGACUUGAUGGAGCCCUGGGAGUACCGCGCUAGAGGAAAAGAGAUGGUGGAUUAUAUCUGGCAGUACCUGAGCACCGUGAGAGAGAGGCGGGUGACACCAGAUGUGCAGCCUGGGUACCUGCGAGCCCAGCUCCCUGAGAGUGCUCCAGAGGAGCCUGACAGCUGGGAUAGCAUCUUUGGAGACAUCGAACGGAUCAUCAUGCCUGGGGUGGUACACUGGCAGAGCCCCCACAUGCAUGCCUACUACCCAGCCCUUACCUCUUGGCCCUCCCUGCUAGGAGAUAUGCUGGCUGAUGCUAUCAACUGCUUAGGAUUCACAUGGGCUUCCAGCCCGGCGUGCACAGAGCUGGAGAUGAAUGUCAUGGACUGGCUGGCCAAGAUGCUGGGACUCCCUGAGCACUUCCUGCACUACCACCCCCGGAGCCAGGGGGGAGGUGUCCUGCAGAGCACCGUCAGCGAAUCCACCUUGAUUGCCCUGCUGGCAGCAAGGAAGAACAAAAUCCUAGAAAUGAAAACAUCUGAGCCCGAUGCUGACGAGUCCUCUCUGAAUGCUCGUCUCAUUGCCUACGCCUCUGACCAGGCUCACUCCUCAGUGGAGAAGGCUGGUUUGAUUUCCCUUGUGAAGAUGAGAUUUCUGCCUGUGGAUGAUAACUUCUCACUCAGAGGAGAAGCUCUUCAGAAAGCCAUUGAGGAAGACAAACAACAGGGCUUGGUGCCCGUCUUUGUGUGUGCAACACUAGGGACCACUGGGGUCUGUGCAUUUGACAGGCUGUCAGAGCUGGGCCCCAUCUGUACCAGUGAGGGACUGUGGCUUCACAUUGAUGCUGCUUAUGCGGGCACUGCCUUCCUGUGCCCUGAGCUCCGGGGGUUCCUGAGUGGCAUUGAGUAUGCAGACUCCUUCACGUUUAAUCCUUCUAAGUGGAUGAUGGUACACUUUGACUGUACUGGGUUCUGGGUCAAGGACAAGUACAAGCUGCAGCAGACCUUCAGUGUGAACCCCAUCUACCUCAGGCAUGCCAACUCGGGUGUGGCCACGGACUUCAUGCAUUGGCAGAUCCCCCUGAGCCGACGAUUUCGCUCUAUUAAGCUCUGGUUCGUGAUUCGGUCCUUCGGGGUGAAGAACCUUCAGGCUCAUGUCAGACAUGGCAUGGAAAUGGCGAAAUAUUUUGAAUCUUUGGUCAGAAAUGACCCUUUCUUUGAAAUUCCUGCCAAGAGACACCUCGGUCUGGUGGUUUUCCGUCUGAAGGGUCCUAACUGUCUCACAGAAAGUGUGUUAAAGGAAAUAGCCAAAGCUGGUCAGCUCUUCCUCAUCCCAGCCACUGUCCAGGACAAGCUGAUCAUCCGUUUCACCGUGACAUCCCAAUUUACCACCAAGGAUGACAUCUUGAGAGAUUGGAACCUCAUCCGAGAUGCUGCCACUCUCGUCCUGAGCCAGCACUGCACUUCCCAGCCAACCCCUCGGGAAAGGAGCCUCAUCCCUCCAAUCAGAACCCUGGCCAGUGGAUUAUCCCUGGAGUCUGUCAAUGAGGGAGGAGAUGAUCCAGCCCAGGCCAGGAAGAUCAUCAAGCAGCCCCAGCACAUGGGAACCAGUCUGGUGAGAAGGGAAGACAGCUGUGACCUUGACAGUCUGCUGGAUCCUCUUGAUGACUGCUUUUCAGAAGAGGCCUCAGAUGGCAGCAAGCACAAGCUGUCGUCCUUUCUGUUCAGCUACCUGUCGGUGCAGAGUAAGAAGACAGUACGAUCCCUCAGUUGCAACAGUGUACCCAUGAGUGCUCAGAAGCCACUGCCCACAGAUGGUUCUACAAAGAAUGGGGGCUCCUCCCGGGUCAGGAUCUUUUCCAGGUUUCCGGAAGAAAUGAUGAUGAUGAAGAAAAGUGCCUUCAAAAAGCUGAUCAAGUUCUACAGUGUCCCCAGCUUUCCUGAAUGUAGCUCUCAGUGUGGGCUCCAGCUGCCCUGCUGCCCCCUGCAGGCCAUGGUGUAGACAGGCGUCAUCAACCAGAAUCCAAAGAUGUGCGUCAGGGAGUCUGUGACCUCCUCAAAAUUGUGUGCCGUUUGUGUGCUUCUGUAUAUGUGCACUGGAAGGGGGAGUAAGUCCAUAAUUUUGAUCAGAUUCUCACAGGGGUUCAUGACCAACAAUGGGAUGUAAUUGAAGAGUUUAAGCCAUAAUGAACAAGAGGCUUCCAGUAGCUUGUCAGACAGAAAGGGCCCCCAUUGGUGUACUGACAGGCAGCUUCUGUGGCUCAGCUUGUAGUAUGAAAUUUCAUCUAGAAAUAAAUUGUGCUUAUCUCUGAAAUAAA